AAGUUUGCAUUUUAUCCGGGAGAUGGUCGUCCAUCCAUGCAACAAAUCAGUCUUCUUGUGUAUAUCUGAACGCGCCUGAAUAUACGCCUGAAAGCAUUUUCAAUUGUGAAAGGACUAAAACAACAUAACUGUUAUUUUUAUGUCAGUAGCCAGGUGCUUUACGGGCGCGGGGCUAACCGAUCACAAGAUCAUUUCUGCAACUACAGUUGCAGCUCGACUAUGCGCACGCGCCACCACCAGGGCAUUAAAAUCUCGCGAGGAAAAAUUGGGGAUGGCUUUGAAAAAUGGCGGACGAAGUGGAUCAGCAACAAACUACCAAUACCGUAGAAGAGCCUUUGGAUCUCAUCAGACUCAGUCUUGAUGAGCGAAUAUAUGUGAAAAUGAGGAAUGAUAGAGAACUUCGAGGCAGAUUACACGCUUAUGACCAGCACUUAAAUAUGAUUCUGGGUGAUGUUGAAGAGACUGUGACAACAAUAGAGAUUGAUGAAGAAACCUAUGAAGAGAUUUAUAAAUCUACCAAGCGGAAUAUCCCAAUGCUGUUUGUCAGAGGAGAUGGAGUUGUACUUGUGGCUCCUCCCCUGAGAGUUGGCUGAAACAAUGAAAAUGUAUCCUUUGCAAAGCGGCGGACCACAGGACACUGACUUUUGCUGUUCAGAUGUUAAGAUUCUGUACCUCUUUACAGAAGACUAUCAGGGUUCAACAUUUUGUUGUCAAGGCUCCAUUUCAUUUGACCAAACCAACAACAACAAAAAAAAUGAUGUGAGAGUUCACCAGAUUAAUUUAAACCCCUAACGGUCUCUUGAGUCAAAUCAGUGGAUUUAAUCUGUUUAGUUUUCAUUUGUGGCAGUUACAUUUUGUUUAAAUAAAUCUCUAGUUUCCUUAUUUAA